AAGAUCUGAAGCACCUCAGAGCUCCGACCUCCAAGUUCUCCUCCACCGCCACCGCCCUCAUCGCACCCCGGCUCACCUUUUCAUCCCACCCACCCCCUUCGCUGUUCAGUGGUGUCCUGCGCGCCUGCAAACCUGCCUGGUGAUUUAGUAAACUGCUCCCUGCUCCUGUUCCUGUUCCUGCUCCUGCUCCUCCUCCUCCUCCACCUCCUCCUGCCAGCUCUCGCUCACGCCUCCUCUUCCAGUCGGGGCACCCAGACUUCGCAAAGCGCAGCGCCUGCCGCCUGCAGCGCCACGGGGCAGCCCAGCGCAUCGCGCUCCCAGCUCCUUCUGGCCGCAGCCAGGGGGCACGGGCGCUGGCAAAGGACGCUCGAGGGCCCAACGCCCCUGGACUCAGCGUGCUCCAGAGCUGGGUGUUGAGAGAAGCUGUGCUUUCAUAAAGCUCGGGAGAGAACGGAGCGCGUUCCGUGUGAGACUUGGGGAGCCAGCGGGACGCCCUAGGUCGCCCAGUACGACGCGGAUGCACGCACCGUCCACAAGGAACCCUCCAUUCAGAAGAAAUGCUGUGGUGCUUCCUUUUACCCCAUACAAAAUGGAACAUAAGAAACUACAAAGCUGAACAAACUACAAUCUUCUUAUAAAUGAGAGGCACUGAAGUCUGAGCAGUUUCCAGCUGAGGGAAAAUAACCAACAGCUUCUCCACAGUGUAGAUCAAAGCAGGGAAAACAUGAAUAUCACUAACUGUACCACAGAAGCCAGUGUGGCUGUGAGACCCAAGACCGUCACUGAGAAGAUGCUCAUUUCCAUGACUCUGGUGACCAUCACCACCCUGACCAUGUUGUUGAAUUUGGCCGUGAUCAUGGCCAUCUGUACCACCAAGAAGCUCCACCAGCCUGCCAACUACCUGAUCUGUUCUCUGGCCGUGACGGACCUCCUGGUGGCAGUGCUCGUCAUGCCCCUGAGCAUCAUGUACAUCGCCAUGGAAAGCUGGAAACUAGGGUACUUCAUCUGUGAGGUGUGGCUGAGUGUGGACAUGACCUGCUGCACCUGCUCCAUCCUCCAUCUCUGUGUGAUUGCCCUGGACAGGUACUGGGCCAUCACCAAUGCUAUUGAAUAUGCCAGGAAGAGGACGGCCAAGAGGGCUGGGCUGAUGAUCCUCACCGUCUGGACCAUCUCCAUCUUCAUCUCCAUGCCCCCUCUGUUCUGGAGGAGCCACCGCCAGCUGAGCCCACGCCCUAGUCAGUGCACAAUCCAGCACGACCAUGUCAUCUACACCAUUUACUCCACACUGGGGGCAUUUUAUAUCCCCUUGACUUUGAUACUUAUUCUGUAUUACCGUAUUUAUCAUGCAGCCAAGAGCCUUUACCAGAAAAGAGGAUCCAGCCGGCACUUAAGCAACAGAAGCACAGAUAGCCAAAAUUCUUUUGCGAGUUGUAAACUUACACAGACUUUCUGCGUGUCUGAUUUCUCCACCUCAGACCCUACCACAGAGUUUGAGAAGAUCCACACCUCUAUCAGGAUCCCUUCCUUCGACAAUGAUCUAGAUCCCCCUGGAGAACGGCAGCAAAUCUCUAGCACCAGGGAGCGCAAGGCAGCACGAAUCCUAGGACUGAUUUUGGGUGCAUUCAUUUUGUCAUGGCUGCCAUUUUUCAUCAAAGAGUUGAUUGUAGGUCUGAGCAUCUAUACAGUGUCCUCUGAAGUGGCUGAUUUUUUGACGUGGCUCGGGUAUGUUAAUUCUCUGAUCAACCCUUUGCUCUACACAAGUUUUAAUGAAGACUUUAAGCUGGCUUUUAAAAAGCUCAUUAAGUGCCGAGAACAUACUUAGAUUGCAAAAAGCCAAAAAGCAUCACUUUUACCAGCCUUGUGAGUGGACAAGGGUAAGGGGUGCAACUUAUCAAUUUGUGAACAUAGUUGGUUCAGGAAAUUUUGUGAGGUAGUGUGGUCUUUUUGUUUGUUUUGUUCUGUUUUGUUUGAGGUUUGUUAUUUGGUGUGCCGUUUUCUACCUCUGGUUUUAUUGUGGUACAUGAUUUCAAAUAAACAUUAUCAUAUAAAGACAGAAAUUUCAUAGAAAUAAUAAUAAGGUGAAAUAGUAACUACUUUUUUUAGCCAUUUCAGUUAAUCCUGCAAUUAAAGAAUGCCAAAAUAA